AUGGAGAUUAGAGAUCUCCCCCUUAAUAUCAUCAGUCUAAUAUUUGAAUAUAUACCACUGGAAGAGAUAGACAGAGUUCUUACCGCUGUUGGACCCAGACCUCAUGAUAUCCUAUAUCGUGCUGCAGACACAGUGAAGCAUUCCAAGCUACUUGUCACCAACGAGUGGCAACUGCUGCUAAAGUUGCUACCUAGAGCAGUCCAGAUCUUACCAAUUCGUUUACUAGAAUACUUUUGGCAUAUAUCGUUGAGUGACUUUAGAAACCUUGCAUUUGAGCUCGAAAAGAAAUGGGACGGAAGAAUACCGGUUAAAAGAAACAUAUCCUUGGUCUUCAGAUUUGAUCUAUCCAACUCCAGUGCAAGAUAUAAAACUUUCCGAGACUUGCAGUAUUUACUUAAGACUAUGCCUAUUCCUGUUCAAAGGGCUACGAAACUUUUGUACUUAAGUGUACCGGACACUCAAGGAUUCCUCCUAGGGGAAGGGAUAGACCAACUAACGGGUUUGGUCCUUCAAAGGUUGGUCCACUCUCCAGCAUUUCACAAAUCGCUUGAAUCCCUCAGAUUUCAGAGUGCUACUCCAUCAUUCUCCUUGUUAGCCAGCUCCAAUAUUACCUUGCGGAAAUUGUCGCAUUUUGAUCAGCUUUCGUCCUUAGACCUAUGUAAUCUCGGGUUGAGAGAUUUACGAGAGAUCUGUCUACCGGCAUCACUAGUCCAUCUCAAUUUGUCGCAAAAUAGUCUUCAAACUAUCAAACAGGACCGACUUCCGCCAAAGCUUUUCCUGCUUGAUCUUUCGUUUAACCUUUUAACUGAAGUGGAUGGUUCAUGUCUUCCGGCGAAUUUGAAGAAGCUUAACAUCAGAAGAAACAUGGUCGAGCAUCUUGAAGACUUGCCAACAACACUUGAGUACCUAGAUAUUUCAUUCAACGAACUAACUAGCGCACCAUUCGCCAUUCCUCCAAAUCUUUGCUACUUGCGUACUGACAUUGCACAAUUUUAUUUGAUGUCAGAGAGUACUCGACAUGACCUCUUAAACCAGAAAGUCAUCAUUCAAAAGCAUGAUAACAGGGGCUUUGAUUGA